ACCAGUGUGACGUUAAAGUUCUUUCAAGUGAUAGUCGCAUUUCGUCAUCCUCUUUUGUCUGACAGGCAUCAUCGAGCUGAAAUGAAAUUACAAAUUUAUUAUUAAAUAAACACCAACACAAUUUUGAAACGUGUUGACACAAAGAAACAUGAGGACAUUUAGUGUCAGUGUAGUAUUUUUAGCCGUACUUAUUGUUCAAACGAUAGGAGCGGACAAUAAGGAGUUGGAGGAUGUGGAGAAAUUCAUUCAACAGGAAAUUGACAAGGAUCAUGUCCCCGUAAAACGAUCAAGUAUGCAAACAGAAGUCACUGGCAAACCAGACAAAAUAUCUGUGACCAUAUCCAAAGAGUAUAAAGUUCAAACUCCCGAUGGCAAGACGGAAUUUAUUAGCAUUCCAGAUACUGAUGGAGGGCUAAAGUCAAGAAUGAGUCCUGUAGUGAAUGAGAAAGAGUUGAAUAAACAAGAGAUAAAUACUGCUACUCCAAAAUCAACGGUCGACUAUAAAAUUUUAAAAGCCACAGAUUUGACAUUUGCCUAUGAGUCUGUCAGACCCACGCAGCAUCAACCAGUGUCGAUUGCAAGCUUUCCAGUGCAACAGGCCCCCAGAUCCUUUGUUCCCGUUCCCCGCAGUUAUAAACGCAAGUCAAUGGAUGGCUGGAUGCCAAUGUUCGGUUCCUACAUCGGACCACACCAAAGGGGGUUAGCCCAACAGUACAAGGACUUUUACGCUAAAAAUCAGUUUUCCAAAGGGGCGUAUUACUCUCCGUAUAAAGAUGCGUUGCAUGCUGAAAGUUCCAACGUGCCUCAAGUGGCAACAGAUAAUACGGGAAUUAAAAUCCAAAAAGCCAUCCCACAGCUCAACUUUUUCACCCAGGGCGAAGUUGUGGAGGGCGAAGCUGGUUCAAACAUAAGAACCCCAAGCGUGAGCCAAAUUCAGGCAUAUGGCGCUACCCCACAAAUUAGUGCCUUGCUUCGCGAAAGGUUCCGAGGAAUCAACAAUCAACAAGGAGUGUUUCCAAAAGGAGGAUUAGCUCUGCGAUCUCUCGCACAAGCGGUUAGAAAUGGUGCAUUUUCACUAGAAAACGAUGUAAUCCCUUCUUCUGAAAAGCCCCAAGAGGUGGAAAUUGCAAUUCCACACCGAUUCAAAAUGAGGAAACCACAAGUCUUCGGGGGGUACUCUACAGUAAAUAUGCAAGGCAAUACUCAGGCCACGGCUGCUUCAAUCACGGACUCGACCCAAUUGGCUUAUGGGGUCCCAGGUAAACAACCCGGAGCAGCCUACGGAGGAGUACAACCUGCUCUUCGAGAUGAUUAUGGGGAUGGGGUCAAGUAUGCAUUGAAGGGGCCCAUUCAAAUUAUGCAAACCCUACCAGAUCCAGGAUAUGGGGUUCCUGCGGGAGGAAAUAGUUUGAACGAGUUGGCUGCUGAUUUGGAACAACGCUUAAGACAACUGGUCCAACAAGAGGUCCUCAUGCAGACAAUGCUCCAGCAACAACAGCAUCAUCAUCAUCAGCAACAAUCUCAGUACGGAGUCCCCGAAGUCGUAGCUCCCAUUCAACAGCAUCCAUUUUCCAAUUAUGGCGUUGCACCACCACUGCCGCCACCACAUACGCAACAAGAGUACGGAGUUCCUGGAGAACAACCUGGAGCGCCCUUGGAUUCAUACGGUCCUGGAAAUGAUGAUGUUCACCCAGUUCCAGAGUAUGGACCCCCAAUUGACGACGAUCAACAUCAUCACCACCACCAUGUAGAACAUCACCCAGAAAAACCGAAAAAACCUUUCACUCUGAAUCUUGGCUUCGAUACAGGUUUUUGGGGGGACCCUCAUGCACACAUUGAGGUCGAUGGGGGUGACGAAGUUCCAGAACAUCAUGAUCACAUACAUGAGCAUGAACAUAUUGAACAUGAUCAUCAUCAUGAGGGUCCAACGCUUAAAGAUGAAGUGAAAGAGAGGCUCGUCAUCUUGGGGCAAAAUCUUUUUCACUCUGCUUUAGAAUUCUCCAGACACUACAACCCAAUCACAUUUUUGGAGAAAGUGAAAGAAUUUCCUCCAAUUAGAUUCGAAGUUUACGAUGUUCCCAAGAAAGGCAAAGGACAUAAGAAGGGUAAGAGACACGGAAGGCGUCAUAAGAAAGGACGAGGAAAGCGACACCGUCAUUAAUUCAAUUAAUACUUUUAUUGAUUUAAUUUUUCGUUUUUGAUUUAUUCAAAAAGAUUAAAGUUAGAAAACCGAAUGCAAGGACUGAAAUUUUUUAUUCGUAUGUUAUAUUUAUAUGAAGUUUACAAUGAAUACGAGUAAAACUACAGAUUUCUAUGAUUUAUUAUCAAAUAUGUGCAUUUUUUGUGAAUUUACUUGUGUAUGCAUUUUCCCAAUCAUCAUAACAUCAUCAUCAACGAUACUUUCGAAUUCGAUGUAUGUACAUAAGUUAUCACUGAUAACGUAUUCAUGCAAUGUAUCAGUGAUUCCUGCAUGAUCGGAAACAAAAACAUCACAAAAUAUAGUUUAAACAGAACAUAAGAAACUAAAUCCUGCGCUUUAGAACACUUCAUUCUAUUGCCCAACUUUUCCAAUGCAAAAUGUUAACAUUUUUUAGAAAUAUCCAAAUAUUUCGAUUCAAGCGCAAAUUUUCUAUUAUUUUAAUGCACAAACUGCUUUUACGCAUAUAAAUACAAGUAAAAGAAAUAGGACUCCAUAGCGUUAAAUUGCUUCGGAUUCAAGAUAAAUCUCUGCAAACUUGGUUACAUUCAGUGUCGAGGGGAGUAAUUUGAGUGGAUGAAGGUGCGAUGCAGUGGCCAAAUUGAGAUCAUACUUCAAAGGAUCAUUUCUUUAGUAUGAAUGCUCAAACCCUUAGCCAACUCGGCGAAGGAACAAACCACGAGGAUGAGACGAAAGCUUCCUCCCCUGAGCGUGAGACGGGCUCAAGUUGACCUCAGGGUCGAUUCGAGUCCACGAUGACCGUUCAGCCUUCUUUUCGGAGGAGGCCGAGGGGGUCGAAGCAGUCUGAGUGGU